AUGAAGCUCGUUGUGCUGGCAUUUUGUCUCGGUUACGUGUACGCUGAGGGUCGGUGGAGCCGUCAAUCCUCAUCAUGUGAAUGCGCAUCACCAGCAGCAGCACCAGUCUGCCAGUGUCAACUAACUGCUGCACUGCCAUCCUGUCAGUGUAAUGCCGCGCAGCAAGCUCCCAGCACUUCUUGUCCAUGUGCUGUACAAGCUCAGGCUGAUCAAUGUAUGCCUUCCUGUCAGUCCACCUGCCAGAAUGGCUGCCAACUGGUCAGUGGGUGCCAACAGAGCUGUACAAAGUCCUGCCAAACAGCAUGCCAACCUAUACAACAGAAUGCUUGUAACACACAGUGUCUUUCAUCUUGCCAGCCACAAAAGCUCCCAGCCUGUGAGCAGACCUGUCAGAACAGUUGCAUGUCUGAUGAUCAAUACGCUCAACAGCUGAUCCAGCAGAUGAGCUACAAUACACCCGGCAUGCUGCCAACAACCACUCCUGCCCCAGCGCAUCAAGAAAGUCGCUGUGGACAAUGCCAAUCGGCGUGCUCACAAGGCUGCAGCCAGCAGUCCUCUCCCAGCCAAUGCCAGCAGCAGUGCACAAACGUCUGCGAACCAGUUUGCAAUCCAGCCGAGAAGAAAGUGGCAGAAAUCAAUGUGGUGAUCAAGCUUCCCACGCCGCUCCAAACACCACAAUGUCAGUCCACUUGCGAGACGUCGUGCAACAAUCAGUGUGUACAACAAAUUCAGGUAAAAAGUCUUCAAAAUGACGCUGUUUUUGCACAUGUACUGGACUUUGCGGGGCCAUACUGCGAAUUUUAUGAUUUUCAUACAUUUAUGCAUUUUGUAUCUCCCAAACAUGGUGGAUCAACUUCUGCCAGCUGUAUUUCCCAUCCCACGAGGGAUAAUUGCGAAUUUCUUCAGUCAGCAUCUCAAUGUCAACCAGCCUGUACACAGUCCUGCACGCAGACCUGUCAACCGGCUGUGGUCAACUGCCAACCGCAGGCCAACAGCAGUGCGUGCUCCUGUCCGCAAAACUAUGAUCCGUGUGGGAACUCACAAUGCUGCAGGAAAUGA